AUGAGGAAGGAACAGCAUGAAUGCCCACUAUUUUAUUAUUUGUCUGUUAGGUGGACUCGAAGUGGGGUCAGCGAGUGUGUGUGUGUCUGCCAGUAUGAUGGAGGCCAGGAAAGAGAAACAGCUUGCUAUGAUUGGCCUGGUUUUGAUUUAACACCUGUUAGAGAAAGUUUCUGGGAUUCAAACUAUAAUCCAUCUGUUGCUUCUUGGACAGAAGAUCUUGCUAGAAUAGACAUGUCCUUAAAUCCUGCUAAUGCACAUCCAAGUUUAUUACCAUGUGGCACUUGGAAGGCUAAUUCAUUUGCAUCUGUCUGGGAAACUGACUCUUCUUCAUGGUCUUCCCCUUCCUGUGAUAAUUGCAGUACUUUUGAUGAUGGUAUAAGUGAAAAUAUAACCUCGGAUCCGGAAAAAUCUAUUCAUGCAAACAAGAAUCCUGCAGUUGGGGAAUUUGAUCCUUUCCAUACCCCAAGUGCCCUUUGGAUGUCUCAGUUAAAUGAUGUGAAAGAUAACUUUUCUGGUUCAUCAAAAUCUAGUACAUGGUCUUUUAGUUUAUUUUCGGAUCCUAUUCAUACACCUAUUUCUGAAAGCACUGACCGAGAGGAAAACAUCGCUAGGAAGCGAGAGCCUGUUAAUUGAUUCUAAAAAUAUGCUUUUCAGCAAGUAAACGACUUUUUGGGGGGUUACUUUCUACUGAGCAGGUGUCAUAGUUUGAAAUUCAGUUUAUAUUGGAUGCAUCUCAUAGAAUUGGCAAGGUUUAACACAUUGCUGAAUGAAAAAUUAAAUAUAAUAAUAAUUUUCCAAUUAAUCUCUGGGGAUUUUGGACUUUGCUUUUUAUUCUAACUAAAUUAUCUCUGACAUAAUGUAAAAAUGCAAUCGAUUUAAAAAAAGAAAAUUUUUCUUUGUUGUGCAGUAGUUGGCAAUAAUUUUUACUUUUACUGCUAUAUGAAUAAAAUUGCAACUUUUAAAUUUAUCUUUUUACCAUGUAAACUAAUUAUUUUUCUUAAAGUUUGAAGGUCUGUAAUAUGAAUACAAAUAUCACUAAAUGCUUUCACAUGUGUUUCAUGCCAAAUUUCAUAGGUAAUUCAUGUGGAAAGUGCUAUAUUAUAGACUUCUUUUCUCUUUUCUUCUCGCUCUACCAUGUCUUAAGAUUAGUGACCAAAGAAUAAAAAUACGACUUCUUGAAAAUACUAGUCAGAAGAUUAUGCUCAAAACUUUCUUUUAAAAGUAACGUAUGUGUGCUGAGUCAAUCCAUGAGUGAAUCCCAUAUUGUUUGUAACAUGUGUGCCAUGGUAUUGACCCCAGCAGUAGUGGAAUGGUAGAGCUGCAUGUAAAUUACUUUAACUGUAACUCAUAUAUAUUUGCCCUAAUAACUUUUAUUUUAAUUCCAAAAUUCGGUGUAGACAAUGUGCCUCUUAUUAUGAAGUGCAUCCAGUUAUUAGCUUUGUUCACCCAGCAUUAGAAAUGCAAGGUUAUUAAAUGGGCUAUUGAUAAUUUGCUUAUUUGUUGAUUGCACCUUUAAAUUAUGUCAACGAUCUUAUGGCACUGAAUAUUUGUGAAAAAUAUUAUAUUUAAAAAUUUUAUUGAAUUAUACCUAUCAUUAAAUUUGAUUAUUAAAAUAUUUAUGUAGAGAAAAAAGCAUUUAGUGGUAAUAUUUUAAUAGUUUUUGAAACUGUCACACAUAUUUUAAUGCAUAUAAUGCAUUUUCUAAUUCUAUGCAAUAAUCUACGGAAAUUAAUUGGAUCUGUAUGUUGCAUUUUAUUUCAUUAAUUACAUUGCUUUACUGAAUAUUAGUUUUUCUCUUCAAAACUGACAAAAUUAUUAGCUGUCACUUACUUUUAAAUCUGUAAAUAAGUAAAUGAUUGAAGGUCUAAACUGCCAAAGUGAUGUGAUGUAUAUUGCCUUGUAUUUCUAUUAUUUUUAUAAGAUUCUAUUCAUUAUUUUUGGAGAUUUCUGUACUGCAUAUUCAAACCAGUUAACAAUCCAUUAUGAUGCAACCUCUUUUUUUUUUUUUUUUUUUUUUUUUUUUUUUUUUUUUUUUUUUUUUUUGUAUGGAUAGUAAUCAAAUUUGUUUUAACCCUCUGAGUUGUGGAAAUUUGUGUAUCUACUCAUGAAGAGUUGUGUUUAAAUGGCAUUUAUUUACUAGACUUUUAUAGUUACUUCUUUUACUCUUUAUUAUCAUAAUCUUCCUUGUAUUAAAGAUGAUAGUUAGAUUGUUUGAAAAAAUUAAAACAAAAUAUUUUAAAUAACAAUAUAAUUUAUCCAUUGAGGAAAAAUCUCAUGACCAGAUAAAGGUAAUCUUGCUGCCCAGAGGGUUAAUGUGUUACCUUGUAAAAAAGGGUGUGGGCCAUGUUAGUCAAGAAACUUACUUUUAUGCUUUAAACUGAUAUUUAAAUUCCUACUGCACUUCUGCACUUACUGUUGUUAAAUACUUUAAAAGCAAGGUGUUUUGCAAAGAUCUGUAUAAAUCAUACUGUAAUAUAAUGUGCAUAAAUGAACAGUGUGUAGGAUUUCCUGGUAAUGAACUGAACUAUUAAUGAUACAAUAUUUGUAUGUGUUCAUGAUUAUGAAAUAAAAAGUCAUUGAAUAUUUUAUAA